AUGAAGAAGAUCCAGUUGACGCGUGUUACGACCCAAUACGCCGAAGACGAUAUACGAAUCAAAGAUCCACUCGUGUUGAACGAAUGGAUUUUUUCGUUGUCUGGGUCCUGGCCGCUGCAACACGCGGACGUACUAUUAAGGACCACGGUGGUGUACUUUAUUCUGCACUUGAUUUUUGGAUACUGGGAUCUGUACGAUUGUAGGGGUGAUGUGGAUUUGAUAGUGAUAAACAUACUGGAAACUAUGGUGGCGACGUCGUCGUAUCUUGGUCUUCUUCUGAUAGCCACUCAUAGGAAGGAAUUGGGGGAGGUGAUUGUCACAAUGAAGAGAGAAAUCGCGGGUGAAAAAUUGUUCGAGAACAGCGACGAGAAGCUUUUGUACUCUGCCUACAACACCAUCUGCUACCGUUUCGGCAAAUACACGGCAAUGGCUUCGUUUUUCAUUAUUGCUACUAUGUAUCCCCGCCCUUUGAUAGAUUUGCUCACUUCUUCGAAUCGAGGUAACGACACCGUGCUUUUCCAGCUACCUUUCCGAGCCCACGUUAUGUUCAACUACCAGAAACCUCCACUUUAUGCCCUGCUGUACUUGUACCAACUACCUGUCACGUACAUACCUAUGUUCCACGUAGCGGAAGUUAGUUUCAUAGUUAACGUUAUGCUACAUCUCUGCGCUAAGAUAUCGAUACUCGCGUAUCGUAUUCGAAAUAUUCCAAUGAAUCCGCCGAAAUCGUUCAAAGAUGGCAUCAAGCGGUCGGUGACCGCGCAUUUGGAGUUGUUGAGGAUGUCGAGAACAUUAAACGACUGUUUUCACCUGGUCCUCCUACUAGAACUCAUGAGCUGUGGUUUCAGAUUGGGCUUAGCAUUAUAUGUUGCACUGAUCUCCAAAAAGUUGGGUAACGCAUUUUAUGAUAUCGACUGGCCAGAGAUGGCAAGCAACGAGAGAAAAGCAGUGUUAAUGUGUAUGAUGAAUGGGCAAAAAGCGAUGCACAUCACGGCUGGGAAAUUUUAUGUUUUCUCGUUGCUUGGUUUCACCGAGAUUGUAAAAACUUCUAUGGCGUCUCUCUCCAUGCUACGAGCCAGAAUGUAA